CAGAGAUCACUCUGAAGUGGAGGGAGAAGACGACGGCGAUCUCUGCUUCUCUCACCAUCCACAACGCUGCUGUCAGAUCCCCUGCGCCAAUGUCCCACCACAACAACCAUACGCCUCCUCCUCUUGUGGUCACUCUCAACUGCAUCGACGAUUGCGCCUUGGAGCAGGAUUCCCUCGCCGGCGUUGCCACUGUCGAGCACGUUCCCCUCAGCCGAUUGGCCGAGGGCAAGAUCGAGUCGGCUUCCGCCGUCCUUCUUCAUUCCCUCGCCUACCUCCCCCGCGCAGCCCAGCGCCGGCUCCGUUCCUACCAGCUCAUCCUCUGCCUUGGCUCAGCCGACCGCGCUGUCGAUUCCGCCCUAGCCAAUGACCUUGGGCUUCGCCUCAUCCAUGUCGACACUUCCCGUGCCGAGGAGGUCGCUGACACCGUCAUGGCGCUCUUCCUUGGCUUGCUGCGCCGUACUCACCUCCUCUCUCGCCACGCCCUCUCGGCUUCGGGAUGGCUCGGCUCCGUGCAGCCGCUGUGCCGGGGAAUGAGACGAUGCCGCGGGCUGGUUCUGGGCAUCGUAGGUAGAUCUGCUUCUGCCCGGGCUCUGGCCACGCGCAGCCUGGCCUUUAAAAUGAACGUUCUUUAUUUCGAUGUUCAGCAGGAAAAAGGAAAAGUUGGUUGGCCUUCAAUAAAUUUCCCCCCAGCUGCACGAAGAAUGGAAACUCUUAAUGAUUUACUUGCUGCAAGUGAUCUUAUAUCUCUUCAUUGUGCUCUAACAAAUGACACGAUUCAAAUUAUCAAUGCUGAAUGUCUACAACAUGUAAAACCUGGAGCUUUUCUUGUGAAUACGGGUAGUAGUCAGCUAUUGGACGAUUGUGCUGUGAAGCAGCUUUUGAUUGAUGGAACCUUAGCUGGAUGUGCUUUGGAUGGCGCAGAAGGACCGCAAUGGAUGGAAGCAUGGGUAAAGGAGAUGCCUAAUGUGUUGAUACUUCCUAGAAGUGCAGAUUACAGUGAAGAAGUUUGGAUGGAGAUAAGGGAGAAAGCUAUAUCUAUCCUGCAGACUUACUUCUUUGAUGGAAUUAUUCCUAAAAAUGCCAUAUCUGAUGAGGAAGAAGAUAAUGAAGUAGGUGAUGAAAACGAACUAUCUGGUCAACUAGACAAAGAGCGUGCUCUGCAGAUCUGUGUUAGGGAGCCUACAGGUGAUAUUCUCUUAAGCCCUGAAAGCUCCCAAAAGAAAGAGGCUAAUCAUGUAAAAGAGUCUUCUGCCCGGCAUCAGACUUCUGGUUUGACUCAGAGCGGUACAGCUCGGUCUGAAGGAAGGCGAAGUAGGUCAGGUAAAAAGGCCAAGAAGAGGCAUUCCCGCCAAAAGGCCCAUCAAAAGUCAGAAGAUCCUGUAUUGGAGAAAGAAAGUACAUCUCACAGAGAAGAGGAUACGGCAAUGAGUGGCACUGAUCAAGCCUUGAGCUCCAGCUCUCGGUGUCCUUCUCCUGAAGGCUCAAGAAGUAGAAAAACUCCAUUGGAAUCUAUGCAAGAAUCAUCUACCAACCAACUCCUAAAGUCAAGCAUGAGGUUUAGUGGAAAGUGUAGUGAAGUUCUGAAAGAUGGAUAUAUUGUAGCACUAUAUGCAAGAGACCGUCCUGCCCUCCAUGUCUCCAGGCAAAGAGUUAAAGGAGGAGGUUGGUUUCUAGAUUCCAUGUCAAAUGUGUCAAAGAGAGACCCUGCUGCACAGUUCCUCAUCAUUUUCAGAAGCAAGGACACAAUUGGCUUGCGAUCUCUUGCUUCAGGUGGAAAGUUGCUGCAGAUAAAUAGAAGAAUGGAAUUUGUAUUUGCUAGUCAUAGUUUUGAUGUUUGGGAGAACUGGACGCUGGAAGGUUCCCUAGAGGAAUGUAGGUUAGUCAACUGUAGAAAUUCAUCGGCCGUUCUGGAUAUACGCAUUGAGAUUUUGGCUACGGUUGGCGAGGACGGAGUAACUCGCUGGAUUGACUAGCCUAGCCUAAUACGAGCAUUUAUUCUAUGGUGUGUUCUAAUUCAGAAUGACGAGCGAGCUUGUAAAUCAUUCCUGUCCGGCAACUACGAUUUUUUUUUUUUUUAACGUCUCUACGGAACGAGUGUAUUUCGUAAUGUAGAAUGGGGUGCUAUUUGUUUCCACAAGAAAUGGCUUUUGCUCUUUUCAGGAAAUUGAUGAUAUUUGAUUUGCGUGAUGAAUGGACCCGGCUUUCCUUUCGAGUUUGCAAAAGAACCAUCACACUAUAGAAAUUCUCUUUCCUCUUUAGGAAGAUGUACUCUUCGCUGCAUGUUUCCUUUCGAGGCCGGUUAAACUUCCUUGGUGGGAUCAUGUCUAUAAACUUUUUUAACCAUACUUUUGACACACGACUAGAUGUUGAUCUAGUUUAAAUUGGCAGAUUUAAAUUCUUACGGCAUGCGUUGAGGUCUUGUUUUCUUCAACUCUACAAAUAGCUUUUCCUGUACUAAUUAUCAUACAUUCUAAUAUAAGCAUAUUUUUCUAA